AUGGCAUCAACGACACAUGCAGAAGCCAUAAAAGGCGUCGAGGCAAUCUUUGAACGUUACCUCCUCAUCGCCCACUCCCAGAACUUCACCGGCUUCGACCGCCAUCUGAUGUCAACCGUUGCCAUUAUCGACGCUGGCCCGGAGGGCUCCGUGACCUUUGAUCUACUGAUCGACGAGCGGUAUAGCAAUAUAAACGGUGUGAUGCAUGGUGGGGCCGCGGGGGUCAUUUUUGAUAUGUGUACUACGACUGCGCUGGGACCGCUUGCGAGGCCGGGGUUUUGGGAUUUUCUGGGCGGCGUGACACGAUCGUUGAAUAUAUCCUACCUGCGCGCUAUCCCAAUCGGCACGACCGUCCGCAUCACCAGCACCGUAAUGCAGAUCGGCCGCACGAUGGCCUUGAUACGAGGCACGAUGAGUAGUCGGGACGGUAGCACGGUGUAUUGUACGUGCGAACAUCACAAGGUGGCGGUGCCGACGCGGAAGGAACAUCUGGAGUAUCGGGUGGCGUGGGAUGGGUUGUGGGAGGGGAAGGGGAAGGGGAAGGGUGGUGAGGCGAAACUGUGA